AUCGUUCUAUUUUUAUCAAUCCAAUCACCUCUCACUCUCCUCCCUCCCUCUCGAUUAAAAAACAUUCAGAACCUCUCUCAUCGCUCUCCAAAACCCUAGCCAGUGAGUCGCGACUGAGACGAAUCAUAUACAUACACACCCAACAUAUACAUACAAUCACGAACAUACGUGUUCGUAAUACACGCAAGAUCUGAUGUUCUAGGGUUUUAUAUUCUUCCAGAACUAUGUGGAAUAAUAGCGGACAGGAUAUGUGGAAUAACGCCGCUCAUAUUGCGCCGCCGGGAACCGGCGGAGGCGGCGCGAUACUACCUCCAGGAACCGGCGGAGCUGGCGGUCCUAUACCGCCUCCGCCGGCGGCGCAACCGUCGUAUACUGUGCUUCCGACACCGGAGGAAGCGGAGGCUAGGUUAGAAGAAAAAGCGAGGAAGUGGAUGCAGUUGAACUCGAAGAGGUAUGGAGAUAAGCGCAAAUUUGGUUUCGUGGAGCCGCAGAAGGAGGAUUUGCCUCCGGAGCAUGUGAGGAAGAUUAUUCGAGACCACGGUGACAUGUCGUCUAAAAAAUAUCGGCAUGAUAAACGUGUAUAUCUUGGAGCUCUUAAAUUUGUUCCCCAUGCAGUCUACAAGCUUCUAGAAAAUAUGCCAAUGCCCUGGGAGCAGGUGCGUGAAGUGAAGAUUUUGUACCAUAUUACUGGAGCCAUCACAUUUGUUAAUGAAAUACCUUGGGUGGUUGAACCUAUAUAUCUUGCUCAGUGGGGUACAAUGUGGAUCAUGAUGAGAAGGGAAAAGCGGGAUCGUCGGCAUUUCAAAAGAAUGCGAUUUCCUCCAUUUGAUGACGAGGAGCCUCCGCUAGAUUAUGCUGAUAAUCUUCUUGAUGUGGACCCUUUGGAGCCUAUUCAAUUAGAGUUGGAUGAGGAAGAGGAUUCUGCUGUGCAUACGUGGUUUUAUGACCACAAACCACUCGUGAAGACGAAGCUUAUUAAUGGCCCCAGUUACAGGAAAUGGCACCUCUCACUUCCUAUAAUGGCUACACUCCAUAGACUUUCCGGGCAGCUACUUUCUGAUUUGAUUGAUCGCAACUACUUCUACUUGUUUGAUAUGGAGUCGUUCUUUACAGCCAAAGCUCUCAAUAUGUGCAUUCCUGGCGGGCCUAAGUUUGAACCUUUGUACCGUGACAUGGAGAAAGGGGAUGAGGAUUGGAAUGAGUUCAAUGACAUCAAUAAACUUAUCAUUAGAUCACCUCUCAGGACAGAGUACAGAAUUGCUUUUCCUCAUCUAUACAACAACAGACCUAGGAAAGUAAGGCUUUGUAUAUACCACACCCCAAUGAUAAUGUACAUAAAAACAGAGGAUCCAGAUUUACCUGCAUUCUACUUUGACCCUCUAAUUCACCCUAUAACCUCUACAAAUAAGGACCGCCAGCGUGAUAGGAAAGUUUCUGAAGAGGACGAUGAUGAUUUUUGUUUGCCUGAGGGAGUUGAACCAUUGCUCAGAAGCACCCCAAUUUACACAGACACCACUGCUGCUGGUAUCUCACUGUUGUUUGCCCCACGCCCUUUUAACAUGAGAUCUGGUCGGAUGCGACGUGCCGAAGACAUACCCUUGGUAUCAGAGUGGUUCAAGGAGCACUGCCCUCCGACCUACCCUGUUAAAGUUCGUGUUAGCUACCAAAAGUUGUUGAAAUGUUUUGUUUUGAACGAGCUACAUCAUCGACCACCGAAAGCUCAGAAAAAAAAACACUUGUUCAGGUCGCUUCAAGCAACUAAAUUUUUUCAAACAACACAGCUUGAUUGGGCUGAAGCUGGGCUUCAAGUUUGUAAGCAAGGGUACAAUAUGCUGAAUCUGUUGAUACACAGGAAGAAUCUAAAUUAUCUUCAUCUUGAUUAUAACUUUAACUUGAAGCCUGUGAAGACUCUCACGACCAAGGAACGGAAGAAGUCUCGGUUUGGUAAUGCUUUUCAUUUGUGCCGUGAGAUCCUGCGGUUGACAAAGCUAGUUGUUGAUGCUAAUAUCCAGUUUCGCCUGGGGAAUGUUGAUGCGUUUCAAUUGGCCGAUGGCCUGCAAUAUACAUUCUCACAUGUUGGCCAGUUGACAGGAAUGUACCGUUACAAGUAUAGGCUGAUGCGACAAAUUAGAAUGUGCAAAGAUUUGAAGCACUUGAUUUAUUACCGAUUCAAUACAGGGCCUGUUGGGAAGGGACCUGGUUGUGGUUUUUGGGCACCUAUGUGGAGGGUGUGGUUGUUCUUCCUUCGUGGAAUAGUUCCUCUUCUAGAACGAUGGCUGGGAAAUUUACUUGCUCGUCAGUUUGAGGGGCGUCACUCGAAAGGUGUGGCGAAGACGGUUACUAAGCAGAGAGUUGAAAGCCAUUUUGACUUGGAGCUUCGAGCUGCUGUAAUGCAUGACGUACUUGAUGCCAUGCCAGAGGGAAUUAAACAAAAUAAAGCCAGGACCAUUUUGCAGCAUCUAAGUGAAGCGUGGCGUUGCUGGAAGGCAAAUAUACCUUGGAAGGUGCCUGGAUUGCCAGUUCCAAUUGAGAACAUGAUUCUUCGUUAUGUCAAGUCAAAAGCUGACUGGUGGACCAACGUGGCUCAUUAUAACCGUGAACGUAUACGACGGGGGGCUACUGUCGACAAGACAGUCUGUAGGAAAAAUUUGGGGAGGUUGACUCGUCUUUGGCUUAAGGCAGAACAGGAGCGACAACACAAUUAUUUGAAAGAUGGUCCUUAUGUCACACCAGAGGAAGCUGUUGCUAUAUACACUACUACUGUGCACUGGUUGGAAUCAAGAAAGUUUUCGCCUAUACAGUUCCCACCUUUGUCUUACAAGCACGACACAAAGCUCCUCAUCCUUGCUCUUGAAAGGUUAAAAGAAUCUUAUAGCGUGGCUGUGAGGUUGAAUCAGCUGCAGAGGGAAGAGCUGGGUCUGAUUGAGCAGGCUUAUGAUAAUCCACAUGAGGCUUUAUCAAGGAUCAAGCGUCAUCUACUUACCCAGCGUGCUUUUAAAGAGGUGGGAAUUGAGUUCAUGGAUCUGUACAGUUAUUUGAUACCAGUUUAUGAGAUCGAACCUUUGGAGAAGAUUACAGAUGCUUAUCUUGAUCAGUAUCUGUGGUAUGAAGGUGAUAAGCGCCAUCUCUUUCCUAAUUGGAUUAAGCCAGCAGAUUCGGAGCCACCCCCCCUGCUUGUCUACAAAUGGUGCCAGGGGAUAAACAAUUUACAAGGUAUAUGGGACACUGGUGAUGGGCAAUGUGUGGUGAUGCUUCAGACCAAGUUCGAGAAAUUCUUCGAGAAGAUUGAUCUGACCAUGUUAAACAGGCUUCUGAGAUUGGUUCUUGAUCAUAAUAUUGCUGAUUAUGUCACUGCGAAGAAUAAUGUUGUCCUUUCUUACAAGGACAUGAGCCACACAAAUUCUUAUGGUCUUAUUCGUGGUCUUCAAUUUGCCUCAUUUGUUGUUCAAUAUUAUGGGCUAGUCCUCGAUCUUUUGCUGCUUGGUUUAACUCGUGCAAGUGAAAUAGCUGGACCGCCUCAGAUGCCCAAUGAAUUUAUUACUUUUUGGGAUUCUAAAGUUGAAACAAGACACCCCAUACGGUUAUACUCGAGAUACAUUGACAAGGUGCAUAUAUUGUUCAGAUUUACUCAUGAAGAGGCUCGAGACCUUAUUCAGCGGUAUCUUACUGAACAUCCCGAUCCCAACAAUGAAAAUAUGGUUGGGUAUAACAAUAAGAAGUGUUGGCCAAGAGAUGCAAGAAUGAGGCUUAUGAAGCAUGAUGUAAAUUUGGGGAGGAGUGUGUUUUGGGACAUGAAGAAUCGACUUCCACGAAGUAUCACUACGCUGGAGUGGGAGAAUGGUUUUGUUUCUGUCUACAGCAAAGACAAUCCUAAUCUGCUCUUCAGCAUGUGUGGAUUUGAAGUCCGUAUUCUUCCCAAAAUUAGAAUGACUCAAGAGGCAUUCAGUAAUACACGAGAUGGAGUUUGGAACUUGCAAAAUGAACAGACUAAAGAGCGUACCGCUGUUGCUUUCUUACGUGUUGAUGACGAACAUAUGAAGAUAUUUGAGAAUCGUGUAAGGCAAAUCCUUAUGUCGUCAGGUUCAACAACAUUUACGAAAAUCGUUAACAAGUGGAACACAGCUCUGAUAGGUCUCAUGACAUACUUCCGUGAAGCAACAGUUCAUACUCAAGAAUUAUUAGAUCUGCUGGUCAAGUGUGAAAAUAAAAUUCAGACUCGAAUCAAAAUUGGGUUGAAUUCAAAGAUGCCUAGCAGAUUUCCACCAGUUAUUUUUUAUACCCCAAAGGAAAUUGGAGGGUUGGGUAUGUUAUCUAUGGGUCACAUAUUGAUUCCUCAGAGCGAUCUUCGUUAUAGUCAGCAAACAGAUGUUGGUGUGACACACUUUAGGAGUGGAAUGAGUCAUGAAGAAGAUCAGCUGAUUCCGAAUCUCUAUCGUUACAUACAGCCGUGGGAGAGCGAAUUUAUUGACUCACAACGUGUUUGGGCAGAGUAUGCUCUGAAGAGGCAAGAAGCUCAGUCACAAAACAGGCGUUUGACUCUUGAAGAUCUCGAGGACUCUUGGGAUCGUGGUAUCCCUCGUAUUAAUACUUUGUUUCAGAAGGAUAGGCACACUCUGGCUUAUGACAAGGGAUGGAGAGUCAGGACAGAUUUUAAGCAGUAUCAAGUUCUUAAACAGAACCCGUUUUGGUGGACACACCAGAGACAUGAUGGUAAACUUUGGAACUUGAACAACUACCGAACUGAUGUUAUUCAAGCUCUUGGUGGUGUAGAAGGAAUCCUUGAACAUACAUUGUUCAAAGGUACAUACUUUCCAACUUGGGAAGGUCUGUUUUGGGAGAAGGCCUCAGGUUUUGAGGAGUCGAUGAAGUAUAAGAAGCUUACAAAUGCUCAGAGAUCUGGUCUCAAUCAAAUCCCCAACCGUAGGUUCACCCUUUGGUGGUCACCUACCAUCAACAGAGCCAAUGUGUAUGUUGGUUUUCAAGUGCAGCUCGAUUUGACUGGGAUUUUUAUGCAUGGGAAAAUCCCGACACUUAAAAUCUCUCUUAUCCAGAUAUUCCGUGCUCAUUUGUGGCAAAAGAUUCAUGAGAGUGUUGUUAUGGACCUCUGCCAGGUUUUGGAUCAAGAGCUAGAUGCCUUGGAAAUUGAGACGGUGCAAAAAGAGACAAUUCAUCCAAGGAAAAGUUAUAAAAUGAACAGCUCUUGUGCAGAUAUUCUCUUAUUUGCCGCCCAUAGGUGGCCAAUGUCAAAGCCCAGUUUGGUUGCUGAGUCCAAGGACGUGUUUGAUCAAAAAGCAAGCAACAAAUAUUGGAUAGAUGUGCAGCUCCGUUGGGGUGAUUACGACUCCCAUGAUAUUGAGCGUUAUACCAGGGCCAAGUUCAUGGAUUACACGACAGACAAUAUGUCUAUCUAUCCAUCGCCCACUGGGGUGAUGAUUGGGCUUGAUCUUGCAUACAACUUGCAUUCUGCCUUCGGGAAUUGGUUCCCUGGCUCAAAACCACUGCUUGCUCAGGCCAUGAAUAAGAUUAUGAAGUCAAAUCCAGCUUUGUAUGUUCUGAGGGAGCGGAUAAGGAAAGGGUUGCAAUUGUAUUCUUCGGAGCCAACAGAGCCAUAUUUGUCAUCUCAGAAUUAUGGGGAGAUAUUCAGUAAUCAAAUUAUCUGGUUCGUUGAUGACACAAAUGUGUAUCGUGUCACAAUCCAUAAGACAUUUGAGGGAAAUUUGACAACCAAACCAAUUAAUGGUGCCAUAUUCAUAUUCAACCCGAGGACAGGACAGCUGUUUUUGAAGGUAAUCCACACUAGUGUAUGGGCGGGGCAGAAACGUCUUGGUCAGCUAGCCAAGUGGAAGACAGCAGAGGAAGUAGCUGCGCUUGUGCGAUCCUUGCCUGUGGAAGAACAGCCUAAACAAAUCAUUGUGACACGUAAAGGAAUGUUGGAUCCUUUGGAAGUUCACUUGCUAGAUUUUCCCAAUAUUGUCAUUAAAGGAAGUGAACUGCAACUUCCUUUCCAAGCAUGUUUGAAGAUUGAAAAGUUUGGCGAUCUAAUCCUGAAAGCUACAGAGCCACAGAUGGUUCUGUUCAAUAUUUAUGAUGAUUGGUUGAAGAGUAUUUCAUCGUACACUGCAUUUUCCAGGCUUAUACUGAUCUUGCGUGCCCUUCACGUGAAUAAUGAGAAGGCGAAAAUGUUAUUAAAGCCGGAUAAAACUAUCAUCACUGAACCUCAUCAUAUUUGGCCUUCCCUUUCAGACGAUCAAUGGAUGAAGGUUGAGGUUGCUCUGAGAGAUCUUAUACUUUCUGAUUAUGCCAAAAAGAACAAUGUGAACACUUCAGCAUUGACGCAAUCUGAAAUUCGUGAUAUUAUACUUGGAGCUGAGAUUACUCCACCCUCACAACAGCGACAACAAAUAGCUGAGAUUGAGAAACAGGCCAAGGAAGCAAGUCAGUUGACAGCAGUCACUACAAAGACUACAAAUGUUCAUGGUGAUGCGCUAAUUGUCACCACCACAAGUCCUUACGAGCAGGCUGCAUUUGGGUCUAAAACUGAUUGGCGUGUGAGAGCAAUUUCAGCAACAAAUCUUUAUCUUCGAGUGAAUCAUAUAUAUGUCAAUUCGGAGGACAUAAAGGAAACGGGCUACACGUAUAUUAUGCCAAAAAAUAUAUUGAAGAAAUUCAUAUGCAUUGCGGAUCUGCGGACUCAAAUUGCAGGAUAUUUGUAUGGCGUGAGCCCUCCUGAUAACCCUCAGGUAAAGGAGAUUCGAUGUAUUGCCAUGCCGCCGCAGUGGGGGACUCAUCAGCAGGUACAUCUUCCAUCGGCUCUUCCAGAACAUGAAUUCCUUAAUGAUCUGGAGCCAUUGGGAUGGAUGCACACUCAACCGAAUGAGCUUCCACAGUUGUCACCUCAGGAUCUAACAUCUCAUGCCCAAAUCCUAGAGAACAACAAGCAGUGGGAUGGAGAGAAGUGCAUUGUACUGACUUGUAGCUUUACUCCUGGCUCAUGCUCUUUAACUGCAUAUAAGCUGACUCCGACAGGCUAUGAAUGGGGUCGAGCUAAUAAAGAUACUGGCAGCAAUCCUCAUGGGUAUCUACCUACUCACUAUGAGAAAGUCCAAAUGCUGCUCAGUGACCGUUUUCUUGGUUUCUACAUGGUGCCGGAUAAUGGUCCUUGGAACUAUAACUUCAUGGGUGUAAAGCACACAAAGAUUAUGAAGUAUGGAAUUAAGCUUGGGACUCCUCGCGAGUACUAUCAUGAGGAUCACAGACCCACUCAUUUCUUGGAGUUCAGCAACAUGGAGGAGGGUGAAACCACUGCUGAGGGUGACCGUGAGGAUACAUUUACAUAAAACAGUAUUUCGGUUGUAUGACACACAACUUUUUGCAACAGCUUAUGGCUAUAGGUUUUAGUAACGGCCUUUUGAUGGGAACUAGGAUUUAUAAAUUGUUCAUGGCCGAGUAACUGUCUGUCCUACUCCUAAUCAGUGUAAAUUUAAUUUUGACUGGUUUAGUACGCUCGUGUUAUAGUGCACACUUUAAAAGAAUGUUGGAUGCUCUAUUGGGAAUUCAAGUACUUGGGUGUUCAUCAUA